UCUAUGGGAUUUAAUUGAUCCUCUAUCCAAACAUUAAGGGCUACACUCGACAGUGUACAGUGUAUUAUAGCGGUUGUCCCUACCUUAACGAAAAGGAAACUAACUCUGAAAAUUAAAAGCUGCAUAUCAGGGUUAGUCAUAUGGAAUUUUUGACCCCCGUUUGUGUGGCUGGGAAAUAUGUUAGGAAAACUAAUUAAGACCCCCCCCCCCAUGCUGCAAAUGGAGUGAGGGGGUGGAGUUCUGAGGAAGAACAUGACAUCUCUGGGAAAGGGCUGCAGGGAGAGAGAGGCCAGGGAACCUUUUGUACGACUAGUUGGAUUAUAAAAAUCAGAAAACAGAUCAACCACCAUUUAAACUGCUGUGCCUUUAAGUUGUAACUGGAUGGUUUUAAUUUUUUUUUGUCCAUGGAUCUCACCCAGGACCAUUUAUUCUGAUGAUUAUAUCACACUGAAUAUGGAUUUAUUAUAGAGUUUUGAUGUUGUUUUUUCUUCUUCCUGGAAUAUCAUGCGCAAGUUUGAAAAACUUUGACUAAUCCUUUUUGUGUUUGAACUACGCUUUAAUUAAAACCUUUUUUUUUAUAUAUCAUUUUUACCCACCUAAACUUUACGUUUCAAUCUGCACAACAGUGCCACUGCCAGAUUUCUCAAGUGAACAUCAGCAGCCUAUCACAUCUCCCUUCUGGAUGUACCCAUAAUAGCAACGCAGAUCGCUUAACACUUUUUCGCAGGCUGUCGCUGGUGCCUCCGAAACGGGCCUUUGGUUAUGUAUAUGUUCUUUAUUCGUUUAUUUUGAGAACUUUCUCAGCUUUGGACGACAACAUUACCAUCCGUGUGAAAUGUUCCCUCCGUCCCCGCUACUGCUCGUUUUCCCCGCUGCGCUCUUCUGGGCCGCACAAGUUGCCGGGGACCUCGAGGGUGUUACCAACCCCGGUGAGAGCGCAAGUUUCGACCCGGCACACCCCUGCACCGUAGUGUCUCCACCAUGCAUGAGCGAUGCUGAUCGCUUCAGCUUGGAGGCCCUUCGGAGCAUCCAUCAGAUGAUGGAUGAUGACCAAGAUGGGGGGAUUGAGGUGGAAGAGAGUGUGGAGUUCAUUAUUGAAGACAUGAAGCAGCAACAGACUAACAAACACAGCAACCUGCACAGAGAAGACCAGCACAUCACAGUUGAGGAGCUCUGGAGAAGCUGGAAGUCAUCCGAAGUACAUAAUUGGACUCAGGAUGACGUGCUCCGCUGGCUGAAGGAUUUUGUUGAAUUGCCACAGUAUGAGAGAAAUUUUAAAGAGUUUAAGGUCAAUGGAAACACACUCCCCAGGAUUGCAGCUAAUGAGCCUUCAUUCCUGAGUGGCCAGCUAAGAGUUCAGGACCAGAGAGACAAACAGAAGCUCACCAUCAAAGCUCUGGAUGUUGUUCUGUUCGGACCACCUACACGGCCCCCUCAUAACUACAUGAAGGACCUGGUGCUCAUUGUGUCAGUUGUGAUGGGAGUCGGUGGCUGCUGGUUUGCCCAGGCUCAGAACAAAGCCAGCAAAGUCCACAUAUCCAAAAUGAUGAAAGAUUUGGAAAGUCUCCAGAGGGCUGAAGAGAGCCUCAUAGAACUACAAGAACAACUGGAGCGAGCCCAGGAAGAAAAGCGUAAUGUGGCAGAAGAAAAACAGAGCCUAGAGGAGAAGAUGAGAGAUGAGAUCAUGGGGGCACAGGAAGAAGCUCACCGUCUGCAUGAGCUGAGGCAGGGAGCUGUCAGUGAGCUGAGCCGCCUCAGAUAUGCAGAGGAGGAGCUGGAACAGGUCCGUGGAGCACUGAAGCAGGCCGAGAAGGACAUGCAAGCCAGCUGGACUGUCACAGAGGUGCUUCAGCAGUGGCUGCAGCUGACACAUGAGGUAGAGGUGCAGUACUACAAUGUUAAGAAGCAGAGUGCAGAACUACAGCUUGCCACUGCCAAGGAGGAGGCAGAGAGGAUUAAGAAGAAGAGAAGCUCUGUGCUGGGGACACUCCACGUGGCCCACAGCUCCUCUCUAGACCAAGUAGACCACAAGAUUUUGGAGGCCAGGAAUGCCUUGUCUGAAGUAACAGCCUGUCUGCGGGAGCGUCUUCAUCGCUGGCAACAGAUUGAGCUCCUCUGUGGAUUUCCUAUCAUCAGGAACCCGGGUUUAGCAAAACUCACUGCUCAACUCUACUCCGACUCAAUUGCCCUGGGGUUGCCUAGAGUGUGCCAGUCAUCUUGUUCGUGCCACAGCUCCAUUCAUGGCUCCAUAGAGGAUCUUUUAGAUGAGCCUACCUCUCCUAUUUUACCUCAGAUACCAGUUGCAGUUGCACCACUUAAACGGUCUCCUCGAGCACGGGUAUCCAUAUGUCGGUCACGCCGCUCCGGGGUCAUUCCUCAACCAUCAGCUGCAUUGAUCUCCCCAGACCCUGACCUUCUUAUCCCCAUCCGAACUCCCUACUCUUCCUAUGACGAGGAAGAGGAACAUUUCCGAAAAACACUAAAAAAACAAGAUUCCCAAGAAAGGUUCUCAGAGUCAGAGUAUAUGACUUCUCCUCCUCUCAGCAAACUGUUCCCUAGUUCUGCUGUUGACAUCUCCUCGCGAAAGCUCUAUCACGAUGACACUGAGCUGCUUUCUGAGAGCCCUGUUACAAAAACUUUAACUAAAGAAGUAGAGGCUCUUGUUGAAUCACCAGCUCGCAAAAUGUCCAUGGAAGACCCUGAAACUUCUGUUGAUAUUGCCUGUAGCAAGACGGUAAGAGACAAAACCUUGGAUACUUCUUUGGAAACAUCUUCUUUAAAAAUGUCUGCAGAAGAGUCAUGUAUAGAUUCAACAUCAAAGAAGAUGUCACGCAACAGGACUGGACUUCCCACUGAUGUUGUGCUUAAAAAGGGAAUUUCAAAUGAGACAGAUGCAGAGUUUUCACCCAGGAAAGUAGAGAAGGACACAGUGGGGGAUUUGACAGAAGUUCCCUCAAAGAAUACAUUCAGAGAAAGAAGUGAUUUGGGAAUAGAUGUGAGAAAGAUGAUAUGGGAUGAAGUAGAAGCAUCAGCGGAUCUAGCAAAAAGGAAGAUAUCAAAAGAUAUGAUGGGCUCUUCAACUGACACUUCCUCAGGAAAGAUGACAAGGGAUGAUCCUGAGCAUCUAUUUGACUCCAGAAGGAUUACAAGAGAUUCAACGGGAGUGUCCCAAGACACAGGUUCCAGGAAGCAUGCGUUCCAUAAAGGGGAAAAUCAACUCGAUUCCUCUGUGAGGGGAUCAGCAAAAGACAAAAUUGUUGAGACAACCAGAAUACCUACAAGAAAAAUAUCUAGAGAUGAGCUGGAGUACUAUACAGAUGUUGCUUCAAUGAAGAUACUGCCCAGAGAGAGACUCGCAGCACUCGUGGAUACCUCAUCCUCUACAGAGAUGCAAGAGUUUUGUUUAGAGCCAUCAACAAGUAAAGGUUUACAGAGAAAUGAACUUGAAAUGUCUGCUGGUUCUCUCAGAAGGAGAAUGCCAAGAAUGCCAAGAGAGGAUGCUGAAAGCACCACAGACACUACUACUGGAAAAAUCUCUCGGGAUAGAGUUGAUAUCCCAAGGGAAAUGCCUAAACAAUUCAUCUUGAGGGAAGAGUUAUCAGAAUCAAGUUCACUGGCAGCUCGAAAUGUGCAGCCUGAUCUCAUGUUAACAUCCCAGGUGCCAUGGAAGUCUUCAUCAGACUUUUUCACUGUUGGGCCGCUGAGCCAGCUUGUUUACGAUGGAAUCCUGGAAAAAUCAUGCAGCUCCAUGUCUGCAGCAACAAACCUCUCUGCUGGCAGGCUGCGAGCAGAGAUGGAGCCACCUCUGCCAAAACCAAGGGUUGUCCUCCCUGCUCCCUCAUUGCCUUCGGAGGCCGCAGAUGACAGGAACAAGGAAAAGGAAAAGAGCAAAAAACCUUUAAAGCUCAAAAAUCUCUUUAAAAAGAAAAAUGAGUCGAGUCCAGAGAAGCUAUAAAGUGCUCUUCAGAAACUCUGCAAAUCAGCUGAUUUUUUUCUUUUUUUUCUUUUGAACAAUUUAUAGAAAUUGAGUUUCAAAUUGUCUUUGAUGACAUUCAGUAGUCAAAGUGCACAGUUUUACAAACCUUUUAGCUCAAGGGGUUCAACUAUAGUAUUGCAUUACUUGUUAAGGAACUGGAGGCAUUAUAUUAUUAUACACGCUACCCCCAUUAUAGGGGUAAUCAAAAAUAGAUAAGGUUAAAGUUAAGAUUAAGAUAAGGGCUGUUUUUAAUCCUUGGAUGAAAGUCCUUUUUAGUUAAUGACUUGCAAUGAAAUGUAAAACACAUGGAUUUCACCAAAUUUUACAUUUAAUCUUUUGAGAUGCUCUGCCAAGCAUUUACUGCAACCACCUUAGGUUUCUGCUUGUUUGUGGGUCUUUCUGCCAUCGGUUUUGUCUUCAGUAUGAAGAUUAGAUGACUGACUUGGCCAGUUGAAGUGCUGUCUGAUCAGUUUUACCACAUUGGUCUGAAUUUUAGCAGAGAGUAUAGCCCUGCAGAUAGAAUUUAUGCGACCAUUAACAGCAGUGAUAUCAUAUAUGCACAUAUAUAUAUAUAUGUAUAUAUAUAUAU